AUGUCCGACCCCUUCUCUCCAAGGGACUUCAUCCUCGGCAUUGUUGCCGGCUCUGUCAUCGCAGUCGCCCUCCUAUCCUUCAGUACCUUCAUUUUUCUCCGUACUAGCGACGUCUACUCCCUCGGCCACUGGAAACUUAAUCUCAGAACCCCCAUAAGCUCCAUGUGGAUGAACCUGGGAUUUUGGAAAACGAAUGAUGGACAGCCAAUUGAACAUUUUGACGAAGCAACGCGUGCUCUUUUAGAAAAGAUGCUAAAAGCGGCCGGGCUGUGCGUAAAUUCCGGCUCGGUAACUGAUGAUAAGUCUGUUGCAGUGCUAGAUUUGGGAUUUGGCUGCGGCGAUCAGCCUAUUGCGCUGGCCGAGUUGGUCAGCGCAGCAAAAAGGUCACAAUUUCGCUACGUGGGCCUUACAUUAGAUGCAGCGCAGCUUCAAACUGCACAGAGAAAAGUCGACAGAACACUUGCACUUGGCAAUCAAGGAGACGCGGCUGGACUGUCCCAUGACUCGUUCAAGUUGUUUUGUGCCAAUGCAGCAAAGCCCGAAACAUGGGGUAGGCCAAUUCGCAUGUCCGUGGAUAGCCUCGUGGCCGAAAAUUUCACUGAACGCUGGCUCAUGGCUUUGGAUUGUCUAUAUUACUUCUCACCAUCUAGACGCCCGACAUUCAAGCUUGCUGCUAAGUCAUUGGACGCACAACUCAUGGCUUUCGAUUUGAUUUUAGAUGAGGAGGCGUCUAGAUGGAACACCCUGCUGGUGAGGCUGGUUGGAGUCAUCAUGGGCUGUCCUCUGUAUACCUUCCUGACAGAGACCCAGUAUAGAGAGCAGUUGGUUGAGUGCGGUUAUGACUCGGCACAUAUUGAGAUUUGUGACAUUUCGGAUCAUGUGUUUUCUGGCGUUUCAGGGUUCCUGAAAAGGCAGGAAGCUGCACUGAGUCAGUACGGCAUUUCGUUGGGCGGCUACAAACUCGCCGGGAGGCUGUUUGAGUGGUUCGACAGAACGAGAGUCGUCCGAGCCGCCAUUGUGGUUGGGCGAACAAAGGGCGAAGCCGAAUAG